CUCUCUCUCUCUCUCUCUCUCUUACACACACACACACACACACACUUUCUCAGCCACAGUGCAGUGUGUGAAAAUGCUCUGGUGUGGAGUGUGUCUCCUGUCCCUUUGGCUUUGCAGUGUUUGGACUCUUCCUUCCACCAGCAUGAAGAUCACUCAGGCUCUGCCUCUACAGCUUCCUGACUCGAGUCAGCCUGCCGUCUGUCCACUUUUCUGGACAGAGUUCGAUGGCUACUGCUACCGUUUCUUCCCCCAGAACCGCACAUGGGCUGAGGCUGACCUGUACUGCGCCGAGUUCUCCAACGGCUACCGGUCAGGGAAACUGUCCUCCGUACACAGCUGGGAGGAGAACGUCUUUGUGUAUGACCUGGUGAACAGCCGUGUCCCGGGAAUACCCACGGAUAUCUGGAUCGGACUGCACGACCGCAGACAGGUGAAGGAAGGCACCAUGGAGUGGACGGACGGAUCAAUUUACGAGUUCAGCUACUGGGAUGGAAACCAACCGGAUGACGGAAUCCACCGGAUUUCUGAGGAGGAGGACUGUGUGGAGAUCUGGUACAGACAGAACAGCGCACUCAGGUCCUGGAAUGACAACAGUUGUGACAAAGCUUUUCCUUUUGUGUGUAAAAUCCCCAUGCUGGAGCACUAAUGUCCUGCACUGAGCUCAUUACUGAGACACGGCCCUCACACACACACACACACACACACACACACACACACACACACACACACACACACACACACACAGAACACUGCUGCUGAGAGCAUUGUCCAUAUGGGCUUCAUUUAAACUAGUGACUCAUCUCUCUCUCACACACACACACACCACUACACACAUCACUGUGAAUUGCAUAAGUAUUCACCCCCUUUAUCUUUUCCCUGGUAUGCAGUGUUAGAAUCUGAAAUUCCAAAAGUUGAACAUUCCAGUCCAGAAAGCAACCAUGAGGUCCAGUGGAACAUUCAGAGUGCUGCUCCCACCACCAUGCUUCACUGUAACACGAUAUUGUUUGGAUUUCUUCUUUAUUCUCCUGCAGUUUUGUGUCCAGGGGUCAAGAACUUCUAGGAUUAUUCCCUCUCAGACCACCAGAGGGGGUGUUGGCAGGUGUUUCUGCUCCUCAAGGUCACCUUUGUCUUGUUAUUCCUGAUGUGUUUAUACUGUACCUGUUGGAUCAGUCUUUGUUCAUGCUUUGUUUUUGUCUCAUUGUCUCAGAUUAUGUUAUGUGUGUGUCAUGUGUUUUAUGUGUGUGUUAUGUGUGUGUUAUGUGUUUUAUGUGUUUGUUAUGUGUGUGUUAUGUGUGUUAUGUGUUUGUUAUGUGUGUGUUAUGUGUUUAUGUGUGUGUUAUGUGUGUGUUAUGUGUUUGUUAUGUGUGUGUUAUGUGUUUAUGUGUGUGUUAUGUGUGUGUUAUGUGUGUGUCAUGUGUUUGUUAUGUGUGUGUUAUGUGUGUGUUAUGUGUGUGUCAUGUGUUUUAUGUGUGUGUUAUCUGUGUGUUACGUGUGUGUUAUGUGUUUGUUAUGUGUGUGUUAUAUGUUUGUUAUGUGUGUGUUAUGUGUGUGUUAUGUGUUUGUUAUGUGUGUUGUGUGUGUUAUGUGUUUGUUAUGUGUGUGUUAUGUGUGUGUUAUGUGUGUUGUGUGUGUUAUGUGUUUGUUAUGUGUGUGUUAUGUGUUUGUUAUGUGUGUGUUAUGUGUGUGUUAUGUGUUUGUUAUGUGUGUGUUAUGUGUGUGUUAUGUGUGUGUUAUGUGUGUGUUAUGUGUGUGUCAUGUGUUUUAUGUGUGUUUUACGUGUGUGUUAUGUGUUUGUUAUGUGUGUGUUAUAUGUUUGUUAUGUGUGUGUUAUGUGUUUGUUAUGUGUGUUGUGUGUGUUAUGUGUUUGUUAUGUGUGUGUUAUGUGUGUGUUAUGUGUGUGUUAUGUGUGUGUUAUGUACACACACACACGUUACACACACAUAUUGUACGUGAAUAAAUAUUAUGGAGAACAUCCUCCAUAUGGGCGAUUCCUUUUAUGACACCAGGCUUGUGGUUGUUCUGUUAACAUCUUGAGCAGCUUCACCUGUCUGAGCUUUGGAUCUGUCCAGUUCCUUCUGAGUUACAGUUCAAAUGCUCUACACCCUGAGAACACCAUCCCAGACACAAAGCAUGGUGGUGGUAGCAUCAUGUUCAGAUUUACUCUUGGCCUCCUUGUUGUUUAUCCAACUAACUCCUAAACACUUCACCCUCUUUUCGUGGAUGUUCUCUUGGUGGAUGUUCUCUUGAUGGAUGUUCUCCUGGUGGAUGUUCUCUUCGUGGAUGUUCUCUUGAUGGAUGUUCUCUUGAUGGAUGUUCUCCUGGUGGAUGUUCUCUUGAUGGAUGAUCUCUUGAUGGAUGUUCUCUUGAUGGAUGUUCUCCUGGUGGAUGUUCUCCUGGUGGAUGUUCUCCUGGUGGAUGUUCUCCUCUGUGCUCAGUCAAGGCUCUGUCACAUUGGCUCCAUCUUCUAAUAAGCGAUCUUAUUUCCCUGUGUUGAUGCAAG